AUGGAAGGGAUCUGGACUCUGCUCGUGUGUGUGGGAGUUGUGUGUUGUGCCGUGCCUGGUUCCACUCAGGAUUCAUCCAGAACAUUGUUUCUGAUCUCAGGUCCAGAGGUGUUGCAUGCUGGGACGCCCACUCCGCUGGCUGUCACUGUCCUCGCUGACUUCUCUGGCAGGGUGACGGCCGAGGUGGCACACGGCAACAUCAAAAUAGCCCAGACAGAGGACUUCCAAGGAGGUUUGACCAAGAUCCUCACACUCCCUCCUAUUGUUGGAUCCAUAUCCCACAAUUCCCCCUUAAACUUUACGGUGAGAGGUUACAGAGAGGACAGUCUCAUUUUCACCAACAUCACCACCCUCAGCUACAGCCUCAGGAAUGUCUCAACCUUCACUCACACCAGCAGAUCACGCUACCAACCAGGAGAUACCGUCAAAGUCAGAACUGUUUUUGUUCAGCUGGAUAACCAUCCGUACAAAGGCAGAGUGGAUAUCUCUGUACAGGAUCCCAGUGGGAACGUUGUCGAACGGUGGGAGUCCACUGGGGAUCUGGGGAUUGUGUUGCGGGAAUUCAGUUUGUCCCAGGCGGCUCCUCUUGGACAGUGGGCGGUCACAACCAAAGUGAAUGGAAUGACUGAUGAGAAAACAUUCAUUGUGGAGCAGUACGAGCACACUCCCUUUGAAGUUCUGCUGAAGACGCCUUCACAGGUCCUCAUUGGAGAUGACAUCACAGGAUCAGUGAGAGCACUUUACCACAGUGGACAACCAGUACACGGAACACUAGCCGUCUCCAUCACUCAGCUGUCUGAUGCAGCCUCUCAAUUCCCCCUCACACAAAAUAAAGAGAUCUAUGGGUCAACACAGUUUGUCUUCAGCAAAUAUCUGCUUCAAGGAAUUAGCAGCCAUGUGCAUGUUGAUGCCUGUGUUACCGACAGCUCCACAGGAUUUAAAGUGAACAAGACGGUCGAAGUCCACCUCAUGGCGAACACAUUCCAGCUUCAGUUCCACGAUUUCCCACCUACACUGAAGCCGUCUUUACACUUCUCCACAAAAUUAAAGAUCUCUAGAUAUGACAGAAAGCCGCUCAGCUCUCAGGCUCUGAUGCACUCUGCUGUGAUUGAAGUCACUGAGCAAACAUCCACAGUGAAAGCCGAACCUACGACUCUGACUCUUCCAGUGCCGGAGGACGGGGAAAUCCAUAUUCAGUUUGAAUUACAGGAUAAAGUUGAUAUGCUUUUUAUUUGGGCAAGAUUCCAAUCCAGUGAGGAGACUCUUACUGUCUACAACAACUACUCCUCUUCAAGUGGCUCAUACAUUCAGAUCUCUCCAAUUACUCUACCUGCACAGAUUGGAUCACCUCUUCCAAUAGACGUUAGGAGCACCUUUGAACUAACAAAGCUUCAUUUUGUGGUGAGCUCAAGAGGUCAAGUGGUGGAUGCUGGGACAGAAACUUCCUCCUCCUUUACUCUGACCCCAACAGUGUCCUGGUCCCCAGAGGCUCGUGUUACCGUCUACUGCAUCCUCUCUGACGGAGAGGUCACCAGUGACACCGCGCACAUACCAGUCAACCAACAUUAUGUGUCUCUAAGCUGGAACAGAGACAAAGCCCAGCCAGGUGAGCAGGUAUCGCUCACCCUGACUGCUCCUGAGCCCAGAUCCAGGGUUGGAAUCGUGGUAUUGAAAGCUCAUGAUGAGGCUCUGCAGGCUGAACUUGAUGUAGAAGUGGAGCAGACAUGCUGUAUUUGGAUGCUGACCAAUACUAGACUAUAUAAGAAAAAGCAGCUGGAAGGACCUAAAAAUGAAGGAGAUGUCCUUGUGAUAGAGAAGUACUGGAGCCAUUGGAUGGAUGCCUCUGAAUCCUUGCUGUGGUUUGACAUUGGUGUUAGUGGUAAAACAUGGACAAGUGAGGAAAUAACAGUGCCAGAUGGUGUUACCUCUUUGAGAGCUCUUGCACUGGUGAUGUCAGACAACCUGGGUUUGGGCUUCACUCCUGUGCCACAAAAGCUGACUGUGUUCAAAGAUUUUUCCUUGUCUCUGGAUGUCCCGCCAUACCUCAUCAGAGGGGAGGAGAUUGUGCUGGAGGUGAACAUCAUCAACCAUUUAGAUCACGACAUAGAGGUCAUAGUGCUGCUAGCACAUAGUGAGGCCUUUGAGUUUGUUUUGGCAGACAAUGGGGACAUCUCAGUGGUAAAUGCCCAAAGACUCACCUUAGGAAGUCAUGUGUCUGCUGCAGCGCUGUUCCCUAUAAGGCUUGUGUCUCUGGGCGAGGUGGAAAUAUCUGUGGACGCCGUCUCAGCAGGGGCCUCAGUCAGCCGUGUUGGCACAGUGCUUGUGAAGCCCGAGGGAGUUGAACUGUCCUUCUCAGAGACUCUGUUCCUGGAGAUGGCAGCAAAGAAACACAACAGUUCCAGGUCCGUCUCCUUCCCCUUUCCACCAGAUGUGGUAGCGGACAGCCAGAGGGUCCAUAUGGCAUUGGUUGGUGAUAUCUUGGCCCUGUCCAUCCACAACUUGGAUUCUCUGCUUGACAUGCCUCGUGGUUGUGGGGACCAGAACAUGAUCCACUUUGCUCCCAGUAUUUAUGUUCUCCAGUACAUGGACAGGGCAGUAGGGGACAAUCAAGGGAUCAAGAGCAGGGCUCUGGGGUACAUGAUGGAAGGAUAUCAGAGACAACUGCGGUACCAAAGACAGGAUGGUUCAUUCAGUGCUUUAGGAGACAGCGACCCCUCUGGUAGCAUAUGGUUGACAGCCUUCGUGCUGCGGUGCUUCCUCCAGGCUCAGCCCUACAUUCAGAUAGACCAGAGUGUCCUGACCAGGGCCGUGACGUGGCUUUUGAAACACCAGGGGCCCCAGGGAGAGUUCAGUGAGGUGGGCAUGUUGAUCCACACAGAGAUGCAGGAAGAACUGGAUAAUGGUCCAGUGGCUCUCACUGCCUAUGUUCUGAUGGCACUGCUGGAGGACAAGAGCUAUGUGGAGAUGUACCCGGGCAAUGUGUCUCUGGCUCUGACAUACCUGGAAGACAAAAUGUCCAGUGGAGUUGUGAGUAACUACAGCCUGUGUCUGGUGGCUUAUGCUUUGGCUCUGGCUAAUAAUCCUGGGGCUCGUACUGCCCUGGAUGAGCUCAGCAGGAGAGCCGACUACAGAGAUGGAGCCAUGAUGUGGACAUCCUCAGGUGGCCUGGAGUCACAUGACGGCCAGCAGCGCUCGGCGCAGAUCGAGAUGACCUCUUAUGUGCUGCUGGCUCAUUUUAGGCGUGGCAGCUUGGAGGAGAGCUUUGAUCAGAUGAAAUGGUUAAGCAAGCAGAGAAACCACCUAGGAGGCUUUGGUGCGACACAGGACACAGUAGUGGCUCUCCAGGCUCUGGCUUCUUACGCUGCCAUCAGCGGGGCCAGCGCCAUCGACCUCAGGUUCAACAUAUCUGCCCCGGCAUCCUCGUUUGUGUCACUAUUUUACAUCAACUCCACCAACUUUCUGACCUAUGAGAGCCGAGAGAUUAGUGCUGAGAAAGACAUACACUUAAACAUAUACAUGGAAGGAAGAGGAUUUGCAAUAUUUCAGAUGAAUAUAUUUUACAACCUGGAGAGCAAGGCUUUCUCAAAGGACCCACAGCACGCCAAAGACAAGGAGGCUUUCUCAUUAGAUGUGGAUGUUACUGAGGAAAGAGACUUUAAUCACAUGCAGAUAUCCAUAUGCAUGAGUUUAAAGAACAGCCAGGUGAUAUCUCACACAGGCAUGGUGAUACUGGAUGUGGGCAUGCUCAGUGGGUUCAGUCUCUCUCCUGCAGCUGUUGCCCCAGCAGAUCUUAUCAGAAAGGUGGAGAUACUGCCUGCAAAAGUCACCCUGUACCUCAGUUCACUUAACAAGUCAGAGGUUUGCAUCAGACUGCCAGUAAUCAGGCUUUACAAAGUGGCCCACGUACAGGAUGCCAUGGUGCAUGCUUACGACUCAUCUGAACCCACAAGAAAAGCAUCAAAAAUAUACAACUCAGCCACUCUGCACAACAUGAACCCGUGCGGCUUCUGUGGUGAAAACUGUUAUCGAUGUAGGCCAGGAAUCACCAUCUCAGUGCCCUCCCCGCUGUUAUCUCACUCGAUAAGCAGCUCUACCUACACCUUCAUUUUCCUGAUUAUUGGAGUCAGUGCUUUUUUUGUUUUAGUCUAAUCACAUUUAGUUGGCACUAAGAUGUAGACCUAAUUAUAUAAGCUCAUAUGCACAUUGAUAUGCACUGGAUGCAAUUUCAAAUGUCUUUUCCAAGUUAUUAUUACUUGACAAGUGAUUGUAAUAUUUUAAAGGGCUUUUUGCAUGCUGCUCUUAUGCUUUGUGCUAGUGCCUUCUACUGUUUACGAUGUAUUUUAUUCUGUAUUUUUUGGAAAGAAUGUGAAUGAGAAAUUGGAAACUAGGAAACAAAUAUUUCUGUUCUCCCACAUAUUGACUGGGGAAAAAAGUUGAUAAAGAACUCAUGGACAGUUGGCUGCAGAACAAAUGAAAAUGAUUUAUUUCUGAGUACCACAUGUAUCCUGUUGUUGCCACCAUUUUAAGCUGCCUGAGGACAUGCGAAGAUUAAAAUAAGAUUUAUUCCACAGCCCUACUGUAUU